UUCGAACCAGGAUCUCUAGUGGCACAGCUAGCACUGCGAUGCAGUGCCUUAGACCACUGCGCCACUCGGGAGCUCACUUUGACAUUCCUAUCCUAUAGUUAUGCAUGGGUAGAAAUAUGACAUAUAGUCAUCCUUAUCUCUGUUUUGAUAACACACACACACACGCUGUACCUCAGUACCACACGACAUGUAGCUACAAACCCAAUAAUACAUUCCCUUGGUGUCCCUGUUCUACCACUCCUUGGUGUCCCUGUUCUACCACUCCUUGGUGUCCCUGUUCUACCACUCCUUGGUGUCCCUGUUCUACCACUCCUUGGUGUCCCUGUUCUACCACUCCUUGGUGUCCCUGUUCUACCACUCCUUGGUGUCCCUGUUCUACCACUCCUUGGUGUCCCUGUUCUACCACUCCUUGGUGUCCCUGUUCUACCACUCCUUGGUGUCCCUGUUCUACCACUCCUUGGUGUCCCUGUUCUACCACUCCUUGGUGUCCCUGUUCUACCACUCCUUGGUGUCCCUGUUCUACCACUCCUUGGUGUCCCUGUUCUACCACUCCUUGCCCAGUACUCUAGUAGGUAGUAGUAUGUCUCAGGAGCAGCUGGUGGUAGAGAGGGCAAGGAGGGCCUUUCAGACCGGUAAGUCUAAACCCCUGAAGUUCAGAGUUCACCAGCUUAAGAGCCUGCACCGAUUCAUCACAGAGAGACGCAAGGACAUUGCAGACGCUGUCAAGAAGGACCUCAACAAGUCUGAACACAGCACAGAGCUAUUUGAGACACUGGGUCUGGAAGGGGAGAUCAACGUGGCUGUGGAGAGGUUAGCAGACUGGGCUGCCCCUCGGCCUGUAGAGAAGAGCCCCCUCACCAUCUUAGACGAGGUGUACAUCCAGCCGGAGCCCCUGGGAGUGGUCCUCAUCAUCGGGGCCUGGAACUACCCCUGGGCAGUGACCCUCCAGCCCCUGGUUGGGGCCAUCGCCGCUGGGAAUGCUGCUGUGGUUAAGCCGUCAGAGGUCAGCUCUCAUUCAGCCAAGGUCAUGGAGGAUCUGCUCCCUCUCUACCUGGACAAGGAGCUGUACCCUGUAGUGUGUGGGGGCGUGUCAGAGACCCAGGAGUUGCUGCGUCAGCGUUUCGACCACGUCUUCUACACAGGGAACAGCACUGUGGGUAAACUGGUGAUGGAGGCGGCCGCCCGACACCUCACCCCUGUCACCCUGGAGCUGGGGGGGAAGAGCCCCUGUUACAUCGAUAAGGACGUCGACCUCACCGUGGCAUGCCGGCGUAUCACAUGGGGGAAGUUUGUGAAUUGUGGUCAGACGUGCAUCGCUCCAGACUACAUCCUGUGUGAACCCAGCAUCCAGGACAGAGUGGUGGAAGAGAUCAGGAAAUGCAUCACGGAGUUUUAUACGGAUGACCCAAAGACCUUUGAGGACUACGGACGCAUCAUUAACCAGCGCCACUUCCUGAGGGUGAUGUCACUGUUCGAGGGGAGCACUGUGGCCAUCGGAGGAGACAGCGACCAAUCACAAUGCUAUAUAGCCCCCACGGUGCUGAAGGACGUGACAGGGGGCUCCAAGGUGAUGCAGGAGGAGAUAUUUGGUCCCCUGCUCCCCAUCAUCACUGUUAGUGGAGUGGACGAGGCGAUACAGUUCAUCAAUGAGAGAGAGAAGCCUCUGGCACUCUACGUGUUCUCACCUGACAACAAGUUGAUUAGGAGGGUGAUAGCAGAGACCUCUAGUGGGGCCCUGGUGGCCAAUGACUGUCUGGUCCACUUCACUGUCAACGCUCUCCCCUUCGGAGGGGUGGGUAACAGUGGCAUGGGGCGCUACCACGGCCAGCACGGCUUUGACCAGCUCAGCCACCUGCGUGCCUGCCUCAUUAAGAAGCUCAACAUGGAGGGUGCGAACGCCAUGCGUUACCCGCCCCACACGGCUAAGAAGCUGGGCUGGGCACGCUUCUUCCUCCUGAAGCGGGUUAACCUGGGCAGGCUCAGACCCAUGGUACUACUGGCCCUGUUCUCUGCCCUGGCUGCCUUCAUAGUACAGAGGUUCCUGCGGUGAGGCUGAUGUGGGGAAACUGUACGUGUGGCUCCACCGUCUUGGACCCUGAUUUAGACUUGUAGUGCUGGAGCAACAGUUAUGGCUCAGUGUCAGUCAUAAACAUAGCAAAAUUGCAAUAGUUAAUUUUUAAAUCACAAGUAUUUAACUGUUAUUCAAACAAUGGUUAUGAACCAUUAAUCAAUUUAGAGAUGUUUAUGAUGCCAGUAAACCUGUAUGUAUAUUGCAGGUUGUUUUUAUUUCAUGUUGUGUCCUAUGCAUUUCAUCUCUGUUCCACUGUUGCAAAUGGAUCCUAACCUCAAUGAAAGACUGAGUACCAUGCAUUUGUAUUAUUCCUAGGCAUUUCCUAAAGGAGUACAACUGUUUUGUAAUGUAACAAAUGUGCCUUUUGUUGUUGACCUACAGGAAACGUAUGAUCUCUGUAAUUGCAAACAAAGGUUUCUGUACCAAAUAUUAAGUUCUGCUUUUCUGAU